AUGCACAUCUAUCAGGAUCUGCUCGUCAAUGACAUCGGCAAUUUGUUUCCAUUCUGUUGUCACUCCCUUAGGGGCACACGAUACGCUUUCCUCGGUCCUGGAUUGCCUGAACUUUGUCUAUCUGGUUUGUCUUUUUUAAUGAAAGAAGCUGGCCUUGAGAUUAAGACAGCACACUGCCUUCGUGUCACAACAGCAACAAAUUUGUUUCGUGCUGGCCAUCAAGAAAAAUUAAUACGUGAACGAACUGGGCAUGUUUCUUCUGCCUUAUUUACGUAUGAGAAGCCUAGUAAUGAUCAAGCAAUGGCUGUAUUCAAGUGUGUUGGCCCAUCUGUAUCAAAGGUUGUGUCGCUUGUUGACAACUGUUUUAACACACCCUCGAAGCCUAAGGAAGACGAAAAGUUUCAAAUUUCCGAUGAGGAACUUGAUAAAUUUUUGAGUGAAGUGGACUGGUCUAAAAUUGAUAAAGAGGUGCAGCGACGUACUGUACUAUCGCAGAAAAGUUUGUUUUGUCGAAAAGUACAUUGACUAACUGUUCCUUUAUUAUUUCGUUUGCCGGAAAUAAGUAAUACUAAGUCAAUUGUAUGUGUGUUAUUGUUAGUGUGAUUAAAAAAGCAACAUAUUUUGUUGUUUGAAGUGUGAUUCUAAAUACAGCUUACUGUAUUUAGAAAUAAUUCUAAACAUAGCAAUUAAAUAUAUUUGCAUAAUCUUUUGUUUACCCCUCAAUUUCCCUAUUGUUCAAAGCCCUUCCCACUUGAAGUAAUUAAAGUCCUGCGGCCGGUUGUAUAAAAAAGUGAUUAAAGUUAACUAUAAUUAAGUGGAAACGUCAUCCAAUAAGAAGCGCCUAUUUGAAAGUUAAUCACUAUUUAACUACAAAAUAGUGAUUAAAAAAGUGAUUAAGAGUUUUAUACAACCGGCCCCAGGUGUAGACGGGGUAUCCAGAUAGAUACACGUGAUGUAAAUUACACCAUGUCAUUGGCCGAAAUGUUAUGAAUAUCUAAUGAUGUGUGAGAAAGUAUCUUACUUAUUUAUUAUAUCGUAUGUUAGCUUAGGAGAAUAAAUUUUAUCUCAGAAUAUCUUAGGAUAAUCUAUAGAGUAUCUUUGUUUUCGUCAGGGCCGUACGUAGGAUUUUUUCUCCAUGGAACACGAAUACCAAUAUACUGAAAUAAGUACCCAAAAACUCAACGCAUUCAAAAUCAUACAGAAUGAUACUGCUUCACAAGAUUGUAAUCUGGGAGAGGGGCACUUGCCCCUGCUGUCCCUCUACUCAGUGCGACUAGUUUUAUCGUGAGUUUUCAUCAAGUAUAUUAGCAUGACCUGCAGUUCCUCAGGAUAUAAUAUAGGGGUUAAAAGGAAGGGAGAUAAAGAUAAGGACUUUAACUGAUAUAACUGAUAUGAUCUUCUGUCAUGCAGACUUUAUUCACAUUGGGAGAGAAAACGUAA